AUGUUCAUCAUUAAACAAAUUCAACAGGAGCCGUACAGUAAGGAAAUAGAAAACCUGAAUAGUGGCCAACCAAUUCCCAGAAACAGCAAAGUGUCACGACUUGACCCAUUCCUUGAUUCAUUCGGAGUUCUGUGUGUUGGAGGGAGACUUAAACUAAGUCCUGAAUUAUCUCUGGGAGAGAAGAAUCCAAUUCUCAUUCCAAAUCAAAACUACAUUGCAAAACUUCUCGUACUCCACUUCCGUGAAGUUAUUCGUCAUCAAGGACGCCAUCUAACCGCCGGGGCCAUCAGAGCAGCAGGAUAUUGGAUAACGGGCUGUAAAAGACUUGUAUAUUCCAUUCUAUCCAAUUGUGUAAAGUGUCGUCGACUUCGUGGUAGCCUUGCUUCACAAAAGAUGGCAGACCUACCUGAGGAACGACUUACCCCUUGUCCUCCAUUUACCUACGUUGGUGUCGACUGUUUUGGACCUUGGGAUGUUGUCACGUGUCGAACACGUGGUGGUUCUGCGAACUCUAAACGAUGGGCCGUAUUGUUUGCGUGUUUAUCAUGUCGUGGUGUCCACAUAGAAGUAAUUGAGGAGAUGACUACUUCGUCAUUCAUCAACGCCUUACGUCGCUUUACAUCUAUUAGAGGAAAAGUGAAAGAGUUUUAUUCAGACAGAGGGACAAAUUUCAUUGGUGGAACUCGUGAACUUGGAAUAAACGCUGUUUUUGUAGAAGACCCCUCGAUAAAAUCCUUCUUACAGUUGCAAGGAGCAGUUUGGAAAUUUAACACUCCGUUCUCUUCUCACAUGGGAGGCGCUUGGGAGCGCUUAAUUGGUGUAAUCAGACGAGUCAUUGAUUCAAUCUUACUGGAUUCUAAGCACACAAGAAUUACCCAUGAAGUCCUUAGCACGUUUAUGGCUGAAGCGACAGCGAUAGUCAACGCCCAUCCACUGGUACCUGUAUCCACCGACCCUGAAGCACCUUGCGUUUUGUCUCCAGCUGUUUUACUUACUCAAAAAACCGUUGAUUCAAACGAGGAUUUUAAAAAUUUCAGUGUCAGCGAAGUUUAUAACAUUCAAUGGAAAUUUGUUCAGUAUCUAGCGGAGAAAUUUUGGUGUCGUUGGAAAAAUGAAUACCUGCAGAGUCUACAAGUGCGACGAAAAUGGAAAGACACUCGAGAUAACAUCCAAGUUGGUGAUGUCGUUCUUUUGAAGGACAGUGAUGCACAUCGCAACCAUUGGCCGACAGGACUUGUUGAAAGAGUGUUUCCUAGCAAAGAUGGACUUGUGCGCAAACUUGAAGUUCGUGUUAUCAAAGAUGGACAGUCGCAAAAGAGACGUUGUGAAUCAACAAAAUCAAGAAAUAAACAUCUAGUUAGAGUUCCAUUAACAAAGGCAGCUGCUUACUUGUCACAGGACACCCGUAGACGUGGUGGCAGUCCACAGAACAGUUACACCGACUCCCACACCGAGCUCCGUAAUAUGGAUGAGGACAUCGUUUACGGCACUGGUCAUUAUUCAAUAUAUUCAGAUAUCCUGGUGGACAUUCUGUAA